GCCUGUUGUCGGCCAUAAUGGUGUUCGACGCUUGCUGCCUGAGCCAGGAGGAGGCCGAACAAAGGGCCAAAUCUAGGAAAAUAGACAAACAGCUUGCCCAGGAGAAAGUGCAGUACCGUCGUCAAGUCAAAGUCUUGCUUUUAGGCGCUGGGGAGAGUGGGAAAAGCACGUUCCUAAAGCAAAUGCGCAUCAUUCAUGGCCAGGAUUUCGACAGUGAAGCAUUGAAUGAAUUUCGCCCAAUCAUUUAUGCUAACAUCCUCAAGGGGAUGAAAGUCCUAGCUGAUGCCCGAAGGAAAUUGAGGCUCGAAUGGACUGAUCAAUCGAACCAAAUGUACGCAGAAAGGAUCUUAGCUUUCACGGCACCACAACAAAUCGACACAGAGCUUUUCAUGAGUUACUUCGAUUGUGUGAGAAGGCUUUGGCGGGAUAAGGGAAUUCAAAAUGCUUACGAUAGAAGGAGAGAAUUUCAGCUGGGCGAUUCUUCCAAAUAUUUCCUCGACCAUUUGGAACGUAUUGGUCGGCAGGAUUACAUGCCCUCAAAACAAGAUGUCCUUCAUGCAAGAAAAGCAACAAAAGGUAUUGUAGAGCAUGAGUUUAUCAUCAAGGGGAUUCCUUUCAAAAUGGUUGAUGUAGGUGGCCAAAGAUCACAAAGAGCUAAGUGGUUCCAGUGCUUUGAUGAGGUUACAUCCAUCCUUUUCCUUGUUUCAUCAAGUGCUUUUGACCAGGUUCUAAUGGAAGACAGAACAACAAAUCGUCUGGUGGAGUCGUGCAACAUAUUUGAGACUAUAGUCAACAAUAAGUUCUUUGCCAAUGUGUCUAUCAUCCUUUUUCUCAACAAGACAGAUCUUUUAAUGGAAAAGAUCAAAUAUGCAAACAUUAAAGACUACUUCCCAGCUUUUAUAGGUGAUCAAAGGAAACUGGAAGAUGUUCAGAACUUUAUUUUACAAAUGUUUGAUAGCAAGCGACGAGAGAGGUCUAAAGCUCUCUUUCAUCACUUCACAACAGCCAUCGACACAGAAAAUAUCAAGUUUGUUUUCCAUGCAGUGAAAGACACCAUUUUACAGGAGAAUUUGAAGUCUUUGAUGCUGCAGUAACUCAGAAGUGCAAAGUAUGUUGCCACACAAUGUUUUUCAAGAUAUUUCAAUUUAAAAAGGGCUCUAUGAGACUCACUGAAGGUUAGCAAGGUACAGUACAAAGACAGGAGUGUGGCUACUCGUGUCUCAUUUUGCCACCUGGAGUGUCAAAACAAAGAUGGUCUGACUUCAGGUCAUGUCUUUGAGAAUGUUUAUUUACAUAAGAAAGCUAAAUUGCCAUAGCAUACAUAACAAUAAAAACCUCUUGUAAAAUCUUACAAAAGGUAGCUUUUUUUACUUUUUUCAUAGAGUAAUUUGAAAAUAUCCUGGUUGUUAUGAGCUGGUUAGUGUCAUCUAGAUUACGAAUUUUUCUAAUCUAUCGUGUAUUGUCUAUAUAUCAUAAACUGUGAUCAUUGAUUUUUGAGAAAGAAACAGUCAUAUACUUCAUUUAUGGUGGCUAUGACCAAUUGUUUUAUAAUGGUAAUGAUAAUGCAAUAUAUAAUGCUUUGAUUAAAAGUUUGAAUGUUGUGAUGUAUGGAAGUUCUGGCAGAGAACCGAGACUGGCAUAAAUGUCUCACUUCAUUAUGGUCACUUUUGAAACACUCUUGCAAAUAUUGUAAAAACCUGGAUGCAGCCAUGUAGGAGAAAACUAUUUUGUAACCAAGUCAGAAAAUUAUCUUUUUUAAUUAAUUAAACUAAGUUUGUUUAUUUGAUGUGAUGAGCAAGAAUGACUUGCCACUGCCAAGCUGUGGAAUAUUAACAAGGAAAUUGAUUAUUUUCAUCUCUUUCUGUGGAAGUGCCUUACUCGGCUACACUGUCAAAGGAUAGAAUAUGUAAAGCAUUUUCUGUUUUCUUGGAAAAUCUUGGGAUGAAGUUUUGUUUUUUUGUGUGUGUUCUUGUACUUUUUUUCCUUUUAUUUAUUUGGCUUUGGAUUUCUAAGUGUUUAAGUGGCUAUUUCAACUUUAAAUCAUUUAGGGAUAAACAUUUUUUUCAUUCACAGUGAGCCUAAAAGAUGCAAUGUUUUUGCUCAGUAUUUUUUCUGUUAUUUAUCUCCUUUUCCCAACUUUUCUUUUAUGCUCUAUCAUCGUUUACGUACAUAGAAUUUGAAGCAGGAAAAAUAUGAUAUGAAAAAUAGCAGUGAUGAAUCAUAUUCUUUAUGAAUGAUACAAAAUGGCUUGAAUCUAGAUUCACUUUAAUUGUCUAGGGAUUUUAAUGAAAGGUGGUUACCAGUGGUUUCCUGCCGCCUUAAAGACCUCUCACCGCUGUCUGUUUAUUCCGCGAGUAGGCUCAUGUUUGAGUUCAUAUAUUGGCACAGCUACUUCUUGCACCACUGGUAGCCACUCAUGAAAAAUGUUGAAACCCCUGUUUUUCUAAUGAUUAAGCAAAAAGAGAGCUUUCAUUUGCUAUGAAAAAUAAGUGAGAGCUUAUCAUGCACUGUGUGUCUUUAUGUAAACCUGAGUUGACAACAAUUUAUUAUUAUAGUUCAAAUAAAACUAUAGCAGUAAUUGGAAUAAGCUUGGAUUUUUUUUUAUAAAUAAAAAUGACAAACUUUAACUUCUUAUAUUUUAAGAUUGUGGAGUAUUAGUAGUAACAGGUCAUAGAUAGAAAGUACAAGAUUAUUAAAAAAAUUUGUCUUGUGUGGGAAGUGUACUUUAUUGUUUUGUGUUGGGAUGCAACUGUAGGUCAUAAGUUUCCUAUAUAGAAACUCAUUGUAUCAGGAACUGUUGAUAGUAUAAUGGAGGUCUUAUGGUAAAACUGACAUAGUAACAGUUCUUCAUAGGCAGCACAGGCAACAUCCCAACUGUGUACACCCUACCUUAUAUCAGAAUGCAUAUUCUCCAUACAAAUCUCUGUACAUUUCAUAUGGUACUGAAAAAGAGAAUAUGAUUAACAAUCAACAGCUGCUUUUGUUGGUUAUUAUUUCCUUUACUCUUGUGACCUUUGUGUUUGAUUUAGGGGUGAUAUUGUGAAGAAAUAUGAAAUAUUACAUGGUAGUCAAAGGGUUAAUGAUUUUCAUAGAUUUAAAGAAACAAGUUCUUGUAAAUUAGUAUGAAAAAAAAGUUUGAGAAGUCUCCUUCUGAGUAGGUUCACAGUCUUAACCUGUGCACAGAUACUCAACUCUGAAAUUGCUUUUUAACUGUAUAACCUAGCCUUUUCAAGAUAAAUUAUGUAUUGGAAUUCUGAGCCAACUGCUUUGAUGAUGGAUCCAAAAAUAUCAAAUACUAAGGGGGUGAUGUCUUUAUCAUGAUUUCAGCUUUUUUUACUCAAGAGAGAGACCAUAAUGUCCAAUAACAUUUUUUACAUUAUUGUUUUUGCAGACAUUUCUAGUAAAAAGAAAACACUCUUCUGUCAGAACCAAGAUUAGGUGUGUAGUAUGGCUCAACAUUUUGCCAUAAUUUGGCCUUUAGUGUGGUGACUUUACUUCAUUUUAAUACUCCUACCUUUACUCCCACACCAAGUCCUCUAUUAGAGCUUCAAGUUCCCUUUAAAACCUGUGUUCACUGGCAAUUCUGAAUAUAGGUGUAUCUGAAGGCCUGUGAUUUUUUUUGGUGUGCACAUUAAAGCUUUUUUGACAAAAGGAAUACAUGUUGUGUAAGGUAUUUGUGAUGCUAUGUAGGCUUUAAUUCUAAAGAAAGACAAUGAU